UCCCGCCAGCGCCAUAUUGAAUUUAAAAUACACAAACACAGAAUUUGUCAUGAUGUCCAUUGACUAGUGCGUUUGCUCGCGUAAAAUCUAAACUACACACGUCCACACAGUGCGAGUGUGUUGGUACUCACAUAAGUGUUGUGUCAACGCAUAAAAAAAAAGUAAAAUAAAAAGACAUAUUAUCUCAUCGCGGUUGUUAGCUCGCCGUCAUUGGAGCUAGUUAGUAUCAAUUGAAAUCAAAUAUAGUUUAUAAUUAAAGUAGUGUACAAAGUGUAUGUUUUCAAUAAAUUAACCGUGCCUCGAUUAUUCAAAUAUUGAACCUUCAGAGUUUAGAACCAGUUAAAUAGGAUUUACUUAAUAGAUAAUAAUGGGUAACUUUCAUACUUGCGGUCCAAACGAAGCUCUCGUAGUAUCAGGAGGAUGUUGUGGCUCGAUGAAAAAACGAACGAUCGUGGGAGGCUACGCUUUUUGCUGGUGGUUCGUAACGGAUGUUCAGCGUUUGUCCUUGGAGGUGAUGACUCUUAACCCAAUAUGUGAGAGCGUUGAAACAGCCCAGGGUGUGCCGCUGACCGUCACUGGGGUCGCUCAGUGCAAAAUAAUGAAAGCCGACGAGCUGUUACACACCGCCAGUGAACAGUUUCUGGGAAAAAGUACUCACGAAAUAAAGUCAACUAUUCUAUCAACUCUUGAGGGUCAUCUCCGAGCCAUCCUCGGUACACUGUCCGUCGAAGAAGUCUAUAAAGAUCGCGACCAGUUCGCUGCCCUGGUACGUGAAGUCGCAGCACCAGACGUCGGACGUAUGGGAAUUGAAAUAUUGUCCUUUACUAUAAAAGAUGUUUAUGACGACGUUCAAUAUUUAGCGUCACUUGGCAAGGCUCAAACGGCAGCUGUGAAACGUGAUGCUGACGUCGGUGUCGCUGAAGCGAACCGUGACGCCGGGAUUCGGGAAGCGGAGUGUGAAAAAACCGCAAUGGACACAAAAUAUAAUACGGAUUCAAAAAUAGAAGACAAUGCUCGUCUUUACCAGUUACAAAAAGCCAAUUUUGAUCAAGAAGUCAAUACAGCUAAAGCCGAGGCUCAACUUGCGUAUGAGCUACAAGCAGCUAAAAUAAAGCAGAAAAUAAGGAAUGAGGAAAUUCAAAUCGAGGUUGUUGAAAGACAUAAGAUGAUUGAAGUUGAAGAACAAGAAAUUCGUCGUAAGGAACACGAGCUGAAGAGUACGGUUCGAUUACCCGCUGAAGCUGAGCAUUAUAAAAUGACAACUGUUGCUGAAGGAAAGAGAACGCAAACUGUCGAAAAUGCCAAGGCGGAAGCUGAAAAAAUAAGAUUAAUUGGUGAGUCCGAAGCUAAAACACUAGACAUCAUUGGUACCGCGGAAGCUGAAAGGAUGCGUUUGAAAGCGCAAGUUUACAAAAAAUAUAACGAAGCUGCAAUAUUAAAUAUUGCUCUCAACGCUAUGCCUAAGAUUGCCGCUGAAGUAGCAGCUCCACUAGCAAGAACAGAGGAAAUUGUAUUGCUCGGCGGCAAUGACGGUGUAACUAAUGAGCUGACCCGUCUAGUUGGACAAGUACCCCCAGCAGUACAAGCACUUACUGGAGUCGACCUUUCAAAAGUUUUAGGGAAAAUUCCCGGGGCUAAAUAAUUCGAGCAGUCGAUAAUAAAGAUACCGAUUCAUCCAGCGGAUGUCACGCAUGGAAAAUAUUUUUUGUAACACAUGCAUAAAACAUAUGUUAUGCAUCACGGUGCGGUCGGUAAUAAAAAUACCGACUUAUUCAACAGACAUCGCGUAAGAAAAAUGUUAUUUUGAAAUACAUUUACGAAAAAUAUUUACCGCACAGACAACAGCGCCAUCCUACAAAAUCUCUGAGCAUUACUUACAAAAAUUAUUAUAUACACAAAUAUAUCUAGUGCGGUCUACAUUCAAAUGUUACAAUAAUACGUACCAACCUUCAGAUAUUUUAUUCGUACUAUUUCGCACUAGAUGUAUAAAACACUAUAUUGUAAAAUUUAAGAUUUGAAAAAAAUUGACCAAGCUUAUAUUGAUAUGCCAACUUUAAACAAUUGAAUAUUGGAUGCUGAGAAUUGUAAUUAAUAAAAAUAAAUUAGCUCUCUUCGAGCGAUUCAAAUCUUUUGUAAGCGGCAAUAUUUAAGAAAAACGUAUAUAUAUUUUGGAAUCCAUACGGAAAAAUUUUUUCGAUAGAUAGAUUAUCAUUAUUUAUAUGUAGUUAUUAUUUAUAAUUGUAACUGUACUUUUAAUUGAUCUGAAAGUAAUUAUAUAGAUGUGAAAAUAACUGGAUAUUUUUAAUAAAUGGAACA